AUGGACGAUUUAGAUAAUAGCACUACAUCAUACUCAGAAAGUAUCGUAAAUAAUAAACUACUAAAUUAGGUGAACCAACAAUAAAAAGACAUUGCUUAAUUAUAGCAAAAUUACUCAAGUCUACAAAAUAACCAUAAUUAACUACUCAAUCAUUUAUAAAAAAUCCAAAAUACACAAAUUAACUUAUAAAGUAAUGUCGCUUAGCAUAAGUAGGAGAUUAAUUUUACUAAAUUCCAGCAGAGUAAAAUUAAUCAAUAAUUGAAAGAAAUUAAUUCAUUAGUUGAAGAUAUAAAUACUAAAGCUUAGGAAUAAAAAUAUAUAAAGUCAAUACCAAAUCUAAAGAAGUUUUAUAAUACUUUUUAUUCUACAUUAAGUCACUGCUAUUGCCAAUCUGUUGUUAUCAAGUCUAAAAAUGUUAUUCUUGAUAGCCAAAAUCUUCUAAUACAAAUUGGUAUAUCUUUAAUUGCUUUAUUGCCAGUUGUAGGAUAUACAAUUAGCUCCUCAACCUAAUUUAUUUAUCAAUCAUUAGAAGAUUCAGAACUAAUUAAAAAAUCUAUUCUAUUUACAAAGCUAGCCAAUAGCUAGACAGAAUUCGAUACGAUUGCUGAAUUUAUAUCUAGAAAAAUAACUCUCUUUCAAGAAAAGGAUUUAAUAUCUGAAAAUUUUAAAAUAGAUUAAAAUCUAUUCAAAACAUGGAUCUAAGGCUUUGAUUUAAUUCUUGAAAAUUUAGGAGUUAGUAAAUUCAAGCUACCCUAAAUAGCCAAUAUAGAGUAUUUUGCUCAUUUAUAAGUUAAUUAUAUAGCUACCUAUUACAUUACAAAUUAGUUGCAUAUCUAAGAAUAGUAUGAAGAUGCUAACACACUUAAAGAAAAAUCAGAAUUGCUUGUGGAUAUUAUUAAAAAUUAUUAAAACUAUAAAUUUGAUAAUUAAAUUAAAAAUCCAGAAAAUAGCUGUUAAUGUGAUUUUUGUUAUAUAUUUUGA